CUCGUGGCUGGCACCGCGUGACUGAGCUUCCAACCACUAAAAGAAAACAACGAGGCUCGGAUCGUGGGCUGGAUCAUCGCCGCCAACCUCCCGCAAUAGCGAUGCCUUCAAAUUUUCUUGCAAGAAGUCUGGAGAUUUAAAAUGCCCUCGUGCUAUCGGUCAAUGCCACGAAAGAACUCACCUCUGAGCCUCGACUCGAUACAUCGAUCGCCCUUUCAAGCCAGCUUCUAAUCAGCCAUGUCGUCUCACGCUGACCCACAACCCCUGUCUGGGGACAGCCUUCUCGGCAUUGGCAUAACCGCUGCCCUACUUCUCUUCAUUAUCCUGCCCAUAUUCGACAGCAAGACUGGCAUCGAACUGCAGGAAAGAAACAUUUCAUGCAACUCCACAGCCAUCCUCCAAUCCGCCCAGAGAGCAGCAGCCACGAUCUCCAACGCUUGCGCCCUCCUUUGGAACUUGCUUCAUCAGAUCACGAUGCUCACAGCCUCUCUCGUCACUAGCGUAUGCCACAUCGCUGUGCUCGGGACGCGAUAUUACAGCAACAUGCUUGAGACAGACCACAAUGAUCCCUCCGAGACAACACAGGCCUCGACAAAGGACAGCAUUCUGGGCAGCAGCGGCGGCGCCAUCUCGCACGUGCUCUGUGUUGUCGUGGCUACGGGACUGGCGCCACCGUUGCGCGGCUGCGAGACGCGGCUGUUCAUCACCCUCCGCCGCCAGCUGCUCGAGUUCUACGGCCCGCGGCCGUCGCUAGCUGCGCCGGUGGCGAGGGAGGCAAAGCCCGUUGCCGAUGCUCAGAGUGGUCGUGGGGACAAUGCACUUGCUGUGGCGGCACCUGAGCCUUCUGAGCAGACGAGCAACGAAAUGACGGAGACAGCUACGCCGAGCGUCAACAAGCUAACCCGCACCCGCGGAACCAGCCGAAACAUGCGGGCCGGGGGCAGGACCGACGACACGCGAAUGGCAACAAUAUCUGCGAGGAAAUCCUCUCUGGGCGUUGCAGCAUCUCCCACCGCCAUGUGCGGCGGGCGGGUCAUUCUGCCUGACCCGAAGCGGAGACCGGCUGCGCCUGGCCGUGGCAGGAGGAGGAGCAACCGGAUCAAGCUGCCGGGAUUCGAUCUCGACUCGAGGAUUUACGAGUCGUUCCCGCCUCUGGAGCAGGAGCAGGAGCAGGAGGAGGAUGUACAGGAGGUUUAGAAGUUCGCUGUGGAAAGUUUUGACUUGCUUUUGGCGUGGACUUCCUUUGGCUUUAGCUUUGAUGUGUUAUGAUCACACAGGUUUAUGAAUAUCAAUGAUUGUUAAUGAUUAUUAUGGGAAAUUCAAUUUGGGGACUAUGGACUUGUGGGUUGCCGAACGGAAUAGAUAUCGUGUGUGUUCAUUCAAAU